GUCGCUUGAUGUUAUGAAUGAACACUACCGCAAUACACUUGUGGCUGUACAAGAUGACGAGCUAUUGGUUUAUUGCUGUUGCUCUUCUAGGCUGUUUGAACAUUGCAAGUGCCGUUGACAAGUAUGGGUUGAGCUACAACUACUUUGACGAAAUGGCACACAACUAUUGUGCUGCUAAGGGUAACGGCUGGGUGAUCGCUUUGAGGCGGGACUGUAGUGGCGUGGCUCCAACAUGCAACGCCAUAUGUGCGUCAGCAAAGACCGACUUUCUUAGCACUAUCGGAAAUCAAGCAACCCAAGUGGCUUGUUUCGAUGCCAUCAGCAUCAAGAAAGAUCACCGAACACUCCUGUCUAACCCAGCCGCCGCGCAGCCUGAUGCCGGAAAGGUCAGCAUGGUUACCUAUGGUUAUGGUUCCGGCGGAUGUUCCUGGACCCCAAAUCACUGUGGACCAAACUAUUGCUGUUGUAAAGCGUUUUAAUUAGACCCUAAGAACAACAGGCAAAGCUGUCGGAGACAAGAAUAUAAUUUUUAAGAUUCGAAAAACAAAACACUUUCGAUUGUGAAUUCAAUUCGAAAGUGUCAAUAUUAAAACAUUGUUUACACUGAUUAGUUCCCAUUUAAAUAAUAAUGAGACAAAUUAAUGAGUUACAGAUCAAGAUGCUUGUAUGAAUAUUGUUAUGAAUUUUGUGUGUUAUUGUAAUGUACUAUUUUGUUAUAUUACAACUCAGAGAUAUUGGUCCUUCUAUAUCUAUAUGACCGGUUUCAGUCUGUAAAAUGCGAUAGAGAAACCUAAGAGUAUAUGGACCGGUCACUAUUUUUUGUAUAUGGACCGUUCGGGGUUACAAAUCACUAAAUUUGCAAUGUGCUGAAGCGUUUUAUAGAACAGGAUUGACACUAUUUCAGCUUUAUCAAGAGUAAUUUUUUUACAAUAAACGACACGCUUACCUCAAUGCCAACGUUAAUCCAAUGUUUACAACAAUAAAGUCGAAACGAUUUCA